UUAUAUACAUAUCCAUCAGUGUGUGGGUGGAGAUGACAUUCUUACGAGUUCAGUAAAAAUGCAUUCUCUGUGGCUUCCAGGGUUCUCCCAGUGAUGACAGAAACUUUAGGAGUGAUGUUGAUGACACAGAGACAGAAGAGGCAUCCUUUUCUGGCCAGGAAGAUUCAAGUGAUCGCAUUGAUAUUCUUGAAUGGGCUAAGGCAAAUAACCAUGGAUCAUUGCAGCUUCUGUGCACACCAUGCACUCUUGGCAGAGGAGGAAGCAACUGCAUUAUCAACCUGGGCCGUUGCAUGUAUAUGCGGAUCCAUGAGACUUGAGCAUAUCUUGACAUUGUUUGCAGGAGCCCCGCAUGCAAGAGAAGCAGAUUGUGGUUCUUUGUUCUAAUUUGGUAUGUAUGUACGUGGUUCUUUGUUCUAAUUUGGGAAUCUUGUCUGCUUCAGUUUUGUCAAUUAUCCCUCUAAUUUGUCCCUAUCGGUGGCAAAGCUUGCUGAUGCCGAUUUUAGCAGAUGACAUGCUGGACUUUUUGGAUGCUCCUGUUCCAUACAUUAAGUUGCAUCUCCUUUGGGUUGAGUUUGUCAGGGAGAAACUUGGGGAGGGGAGAAUGCGUUGGAUGUUCACCUCUAGAGAGCUGGAAGGAUCCUUCCUCACCUACGAGAAUUACAAGACCAUCUUGGCAUUACCAGCCUGAAUGGGACCAUUCCCUGAAAUGAAGUUUACAUAUUACAUGUCGGGCACUAGGGAGAAGGUUGCCGGUGCUCCUGUUGCGUGGGCUCACAAAGUGAUAAUGGGAGGUGAGAGGCACACGGUGUGUUUGUCUUCCUCCUCCAUUGUGUGUUGUACUUGAGAGUUCAAACCGUGGAAGAAGGCGGCCUCUACUUUACCGAAUUCGACGGCAUUUAUGAGAUCUCUAGUGAAAAACUAGACGGCAAUGCCUUUAAGAUAGUCAAGAUGACGUUCAUGCUAUUUUACCAAUGCCAUGAGUUUUCACUCCUUCUACCUGCAUAAAAAUCUCAAGCUGGACGUGAUAGAAGAUUAUAUCCCAGUCAAACAAAAUCAACAACUUGUUUCCUUGUGAUAUCGAUCUAAUCUUCUUUUGGUUUCUGAUUGAGAGAGAAUCAGGCUGUGUUUAAGCAUAGACUAAUGAGUGAUGAACACCAACCAAAAAGGGAAUAGAGUAAUCAGAAAACAAAGAAAAAAGUCUCACACAGACUUGCUUGUCUUUUUUAAAAAAGACAAGCAAGCUAAAACAUGUUAACUCGAUGACCAUCUGAGCCAAGACCAAACAAAAUAAAAUAUUUUUGUCUCGUAAAGUAAAAAGGAAAGGGAGCCAGGAAA